AUGAGUUCAAGUGACACUGACAGUUCAAGUGAUGAUGAUUACGCUAAAAAAUUGGAUAUUGCAUUGAAGAGGAGAAAGUUGGUUCUAGAUGCAGCAAAUGUUUUUGCUAUGUACUAUGGUCAAACUUUCUUGAAGAAGGCAGCAAGGAGACAACCUGAUGUGACCGGUUAUGAUUGGGUCAUCAAAACUUUGAAUCAACCUAGAUCUUGUUACAAGAUGUUUAGGAUCACCAGAGCAGUGUUUGAUAGUUUGCAUGAUACAUUGGUGUCAAACUAUGGAUUGAAAUCAACUUCAAGUAUGACAUCUAUCGAUAGUUUGGCCAUGUUUUUAUGGACUUGUGGUGCUCCACAAUCUUUUAGCCAAAUUGACAAUCGGUUUGAGAGGUCUAAUGAGACUAUCAGUAGAAAGUUGGCAUAUGUGUUGAAUUGUGUCAACAAUCUAGCAGUGGAUAUUAUCAAACCAAGAGAUCCUCACUUUGUUGCAGUGCAUUCUAGGCUUCAAGAUCCUCGUUUUUCACCUCACUUUAAUGAUUGUAUUGGAGCAAUAGAUGGUACUCAUAUUCCUGUUGUUGUGCCUUCUGCUGAGACGGUUGCACAUGUUGGACGGUAUCGAUAUACUACUCAGAAUGUGCUAGCUGUAUGCGACUUCGAUAUGAGAUUCACUUUUGUUGUUUCUGGAUGGCCGGGUUCUGUGCAUGACACAAGGGUGUUCAAUGAAGCAUUAAACAACUAUGCUGAUAAGUUUCCAUUUCCUCCUGAAGGUAUCAACAUUACCUCUAAAGUAUAUUUAUUUACAUCAUCUAGUUCAUAUCGCUGA